AUGUCCGCUCAAUCGCUCGCCGGCUUUCGGAAUCUGGCCACAAAAAUCGUUUGCGUCGGCCGCAACUAUAAGGAUCACGCUCUGGAACUGGGCAACGCAAUUCCCAAGAAACCAAUGCUUUUUGUGAAAACAGUAAACUCGUUUAUUGUGGAGGGCGAGUCGAUUGUCGCGCCGCCCGGGUGCCAGAAUUUGCAUCAGGAGGUGGAAUUGGGUGUGGUGAUUGGGAAGAAGGCGUCGAAAAUCACAAAAUCCUCAGCGAUGGACUAUGUUGGUGGCUACACGGUUGCACUGGACAUGACCGCCCGUGAUUUCCAGGACGAGGCCAAGAAGGCGGGCGCCCCGUGGUUCAUGGCCAAAUCGUUCGAUGGAUCGUGUCCAGUUGGUGGAUUUUUGCCGGUUUCGGCGAUUCCUGACCCGCACAACGUGGAAUUAUACUGUAAAAUCAAUGGAAAGGAUCAGCAGAGAUGCCGAACGGAUGUGAUGAUUUUCGAUAUUCCAACACUUUUGGAAUACGCGACACAGUACUUUACACUGGAAGUUGGAGACGUUGUGUUGACUGGAACACCGGCUGGUGUUACGAAAAUCAAUCCGGGAGAUGUUAUUGAAUUCGGGCUCACUGGAUUGGCAGAAUCGAAAUUUUUAGUUCAAUAA